UGGCCGAUUUUGCCUCUCUUUCUCCCUCUCACUCACACAACCGUGCGAACAGUGCGACGUGUUGACCGAGCCCUAUUUUCUUCGAUUUUCACCUGGAAAUACGUGAUUUUCCACCCGAGAAAAUGACUGGCCCGGCAGUAUUCAUCGACCUGUCACUUGAGGAUCAGGCUCAAGAGCUUCGGAAAUACUUCAAGAGCCUGGGAGCGGAAAUCUCAGAGGAGAAGUCACCGAAGGGGAUCGAGGAUGACCUGCACAAGAUCAUUGGCGUGUGCGAUGUGUGCUUCAAGGACGGCGAUCCGAGUCAGAUUGACGGCAUCCUCAACAGCAUCGUGUCAAUCAUGGUUUCUAUUCCGCUGGAUCGCGGGGAGAACAUCGUGCUGGCGUUCUGCGAGAAGCUGACCAAGGCGCCAGAGCCUGUGCUGGCGAAGGUGUGUCUGCAGUCGCUGUGGCGGCUGUUCAACAACCUGGAGCCCUCGUCGCCGCUCAAGUACCACGUGUACUACCACCUGGUGCAGGUGGCGAAGCAAGUGGACCAGGUGCGUGAGGUGUUCACGGGCGUGGACAGCCUGCGGCUGCAGUUCGCGCAGUGUCCGCCGUCCACGGAGCAGCUGCAGAAGCUCUACCGGCUGCUGCACGAGGUGCUGAGGGACACGAACAGCGAGCUGGCGGCCAAGGUGAUGAUCGAGCUGCUGGGCACCUACACCGAGGAGAACGCCUCCUGCGCCCGCGAGGACGCCAUGAAGUGCAUCGUGACGGCUCUGGCGGAUCCCAAUACAUUCCUCCUGGACCCGCUGCUCUCCCUCAAGCCAGUGCGCUUCCUCGAGGGCGAGCUCAUCCACGAUCUCCUCUCUGUGUUCGUGAGCGAGAAGCUGCCCAGCUACAUGCAAUUCUACCAGAAUCACAAGGAGUUCGUCACGUCGCAGGGCCUGAAUCACGAGCACAACAUGAAGAAGAUGCGCCUGCUGUCCUUCAUGAAGCUGGCCGAGACGUAUCCCGAGAUGACAUUCGAGCAGCUGCAGCGCGAGCUGCAGAUCGCCGAGAACGAGGUGGAGCCCUUCGUGAUUGAGGUGCUGAAGACGAAGCUGGUGCGCGCGCGCAUGGAUCAGGCCGCGCGCAAGGUGCACAUCUCCAGCACAAUGCACCGCACGUUCGGCCGCGCGCAGUGGCAGCAGCUCAAGGAUCUGCUGCACUCCUGGAAGAACAACCUGCAGCUCAUUCGCGAGGGCAUCACGCACGUCGAGCACAUCCACAAAGGGAAGUAAGCGCGCUUUUGUAUUUUUGGCUAAAUAAAUUAUGAUUCUGUGCAUCUCGUA